CAAACCUUUCUUCUCCCAUCCGAGGAAAGAUUUGGUCAAGAAUGUACAAAAGGAGGAGCUGAAGGAAAGAGCUCGAGCUCGAGCCCGACAGAUCGGUUUUUUUUUUCGGUAAGUUUCGUGAAUUCUUCUUUAGAAACAAGAAACAAGAAACGAGAAAGUAGUAAUGGAUUAUUCGAACCGGGAUGGAUACGGGUCGAGAGUUGCCACGACAAACAUGACGUCGCCGGUGUCGUUUUGGAGCAAUUACCAACAAGGAGUUGAAGAAAGGUUCAUGAUAUCCAAUUCAAAUUCUCACUUCUUCAACUCAGUUCAAGAUCUCCCAAUCAGCCCUCCAUUGACAAGCUUUGCAACAUCCAAAGACAUGGAUGCUAUUGCGCCCUAUGGAUUCGACGACGGUAAAUCGACGUCGGUUACACCGUGCUCUCUCGAGUCAUUGGACUGCUUGCUUUCAGCUACAAAUAGCAACACAGACACAUCAGUUGAAGAUAAUGAUGGAUCAGUGUCAAUGAUCUUAACAGAUUACACAAAUUUAUGGAACUUUGGAAGCAAUGCUGCAACUACAAAGAGAACCCAUCAAGAAUCUACAGAGUACUCUGUUUUUUCCAACACCAUCAAGAAUCUCUCUGAUUCAACUUCAAACAGUGGAGGGUUUAGGAUCAUAACAGAUCAAAAUCAACCAAAAUCAAAGAAACCCAGAUCAGAAAAGCCACCAAGUUCAUCAAACAUCAACUUUCAGCAAUCAUGUUCAUCAGGAUCAUCAUGUAUUGAUCAAGAGCCAGACCCAGAAGCCAUAGCACAGAUGAAGGAAAUGAUAUACAGAGCAGCAGCCUUGAGGCCAGUGAAUUUGGGGGUAGAAGGGAUAGAAAAGCCCAAAAGGAAGAACGUGAGGAUCUCAACAGACCCACAAACAGUAGCAGCAAGGCAAAGGAGAGAGAGAAUCAGUGAAAGAAUUAGGGUAUUGCAAAGGCUUGUUCCUGGUGGGAACAAGAUGGAUACUGCAUCAAUGCUUGAUGAAGCUGCAAAUUAUCUCAAGUUCUUGAAGUCUCAGAUCAAAGCUUUAGAGAAUCUUGGGCAAAAGAUUGAAUCUUUGAACUGCCCUUCAACUAGCUUAGCUUUUUCUUUCAACCCAUCUUUUCCCAUACAAUCAUCUUCAUCAUUAUCCCAUAACCAAUUCCCCCAAAACUGAACUGAUAUUGUAGCUUCACUUUGCUUCUUCAUGUUUCAAUCUUCAAUAUUAAACCAAUAAAUUCAUCACUCACUUAGAUCAUUAGAAUCCUUA